GAGCUCUUCAAUUAGAGAAGAUAGAGAAGCUAGAAAACAUGGAUAGAUUUAGAUGUAGCAAUUCUAAAAAUGAAAAAGAAAGAUAUAACGAUGAUGGUUUGGGAACAAUUUCAUCAGAUGAGCAGAAAGAGGUAGAAGAAUCUGUGUCCCAUUACUUCAAGUAUUUUGCUGCCAGAAGUCAUGCUGAGAAAGAGUCAUUUGAAUUACCAUCUCUUAAAAGAGAACAGCAUCUUCUUUUUCUAAAGAAAGGAUUACAACAUCUCUCAAAUUCUUAUGAGUGUUUGGAUGCCAGUCGUACGUGGUUGUGUUAUUGGAUUCUGCAUAGCUUAGAAUUACUAGACGAAAAUGUUUCUGAUGAUGAAAUUUCAAUAAUCUCCAAGUUUUUGGAAAAAUGUCAGUGUUCAGAUGGAGGCUUUGGAGGUGGCCCUGGACAACAGGCACAUCUAGCUCCCACAUAUGCCGCAGUGAAUGCCCUGUGUAUCCUGGGAACGGAGACAGCCUUCAAGGUCAUUGACAGAGAAAAGCUGCAGUCUUUUUUAAUGAGGAUGAGGAAGAGUGAUGGUUCCUUCAAAAUGCAUGAAGGGGGAGAAGUUGACAUAAGGGGAGCUUACUGUGCAGCAAGUGUAGCCAGACUGACCAACAUUAUUACCCCUCAGAUGUUUGACGGGACGCCCGAGUGGAUAACUAGUUGUCAGACGUAUGAGGGUGGAUUUGGGGGUUACCCUGGACUUGAGGCCCAUGGAGGGUAUUCCUUUUGUGGAUUAGCAGCCUUGGUGGUCCUAGGGCAUGGGAAACUUUGCAAUAUAGAAAAACUAUUGAGGUGGACAGUGAACCGACAGAUGAGGUAUGAAGGGGGAUUCCAGGGACGGACCAAUAAAUUAGUGGACGGUUGUUACUCCUUCUGGCAGGGCGGAGCCUUACCUCUGAUACACAUGAUUCUGGCUCAGGAACACAGUGACUGCCUGAGCUCGGAGAAGUGGAUGUUUGACCAGGACGCCCUACAGGAGUACUUACUGCUGUGUUGUCAGUACGCUGGGGGAGGACUGAUUGAUAAGCCAGGAAAAGCUCGUGAUUUCUACCACACUUGUUACUGUCUGAGUGGAAUGGCUAUAGCUCAGCAUUUUGCUGGUGGAAAAAUUGCCCACUUGAAUGUACUAGGAAAUACUGAAAAUGAACUUAAGCCCACCCACCCAGUAUUUAAUAUAGGAUUGGAAGCUGUUACUCAUGCCACUCUCUACUUCAACAAACUUCCUGUACCAUCAGAGUCAUGAAGAUGCUUAAUUUCCUCUCUGUCAUCAAAGUCAGACAGAAGCUUGUUAUUUUACGCAUUCUAUCAUUACGACUCUGUGGAAUACAACUUUUAAGCCUGGAGGCCGUGACCAAUUUACUUGUAAUUUUUACAAUCACAAGUGUAUGUCCCUAACUUUUGUAAAUGGUCAUGUUUUAGCAUAAUAAGUGCCAUAAGGAUGUCGACAUGUUGUGAACUCACUUAAUUUAUCAAAAAGAACCAAUAAAACUGUCAGUAGUCCUCA